UGGACUAUUUUAGACUUGCACAAUCUUGACAAGGGAAUAUUAUUUCCUCUGUGUCUUCUUCCUAGCCAAUUUUCCCAAUUCCUCCUAAUCCCUUGCAUUUCACUGUUCGUUCCUUGUAAUUCCUCUCGAUUUUGCUCUCAAUUUCUCUUAUCUCAAUGUCGCAAUUGAGCCAACGAGUUCGAAAACUCACUGCUAGUGGCGUACUCCAUUUUUGCCCCAAAAGAAAAAAAAAAAAGAACAAAAAAAAAUAGAACUUUCAAAUUUUGGCGCUAGCUAGUUAGUUAGUUAGUUCUUUCUCUGUGUUGUGUGUGUGUGUAUAUAUAUAUAUAUAGUGGUGUAGAUUAGAAGGCGAGUCAGGCGUGAGUUGACAUCAACACUUGCCCCAUAUCUACUUUCUCCUAACCCAUUUCCCACAAAUUUCAAAAUGAAUAGCAAGAACGGGGCUUUCAUAUCGGUUUUCUCAUUCUUGGUUUUCUUACCUGUGAUGGUGCAAGCAGUGACUGUACUUCCCGUAAGUAUCCCGUCUCUCAGAUAUGGUUAUUAUGAUGAGAAAUGUGACAGUGUGGAGGACAUUGUGUGGUCAAAGAUGAAGAAAAUUGUCCAGCUACAACACAAUGCCCCUGCACAACUCUUACGACUUAUGUUCCAUGACUGUUUCAUUGGGGGUUGUGAUGCAUCUGUUUUGCUAGUUGGCAUGAAUGGAACUGUUGAACGUGACGCUAUCCCGAAUAAGACACUGAAAGGCUUCGAUUUCAUUGACAUGAUAAAGGAUGAAAUUGAAGAGGCAUGCCCUGGGGUUGUCUCUUGUUCUGAUAUCCUCGUCCUUGCUACAAGAGAUGGCAUCGUUCUGGCUGGUGGACCGUAUUAUCCCGUGCUUACAGGCCGAAGGGACAACAAUGAGUCAUUCUUUGAUAUGGCCAAUGCUGAAAUUCCACGACCAAAUGGGAAUAUCAGUGAAACUCUCAGGCUAUUUUCACUCAGAGGAUUUGAUGAGAGGGAAACAGUAACCCUCCUUGGAGGACAUAACAUUGGGAGGAUUGGUUGUGAAUUUAUUCGGCCAAGGCUCAGUAAUUUCACGGGGACAGGUUUACCUGAUCCAACAAUUUCCCCCGACUUUCUUGAAGAGUUGAAGCGGAAGUGUCCACAGGAUAACAACAUCAUCAACAAUAUGCUCAAUGAACAUACAACUAGGGGCUUGAGUGAGUUUGCUAUAUCCAGUGCGGCUUUCUUUGAUAAUCACUACUACAAGACUUUGAUGAGAGGAAAAGGGCUGCUGUUUUCGGAUCAACAGUUGAUGGCUAAUGAAAAGACUGCUGCAGCAGUGACAGAUUACUCUUAUGACGAUGGGACUAUAUUUAGGACAGAGUUUGCUCAUGCCAUGGGUAAACUGUCAAGUAUUGGUGUUCUUACUGGAUCCGCAGGAGAGGUUCGACAUAGUUGCUCCCAUAUCAAUUCUAAUCACUGAAUAGACUAGAUAAUUCAAGACUUUUCCUAGUGUCAGAUUUAGGAAAAACUUGGAGGACAUAUGAAUUGUUUGUUUGGACGCUGAUGAUCGAUCUAGUGACUAUUACUAUCUGAUUUAACAUAGUUUCUCAUUCUUGCA